ACUAAAAAUUGAUUUUGAGGUUUGAAUAAACAAUUUCUUUUGUUUUAGUCCCUCCAGGUGUAAACCUGGGGGCAAUUUUAGAAUUUUAAUCAUUGUGAGAGACCCAGUGGCAGUGAUUACGGUUGAGGCACAAUGAACUUGAAGUAAACCCUGCAGAAAUUUAGUGGUGAAAGUUUUCAAGAUUGACUAGAGGAGCCCCUCAGAACUUCACACCAUUUCCAAACAACUGUGAAUGCUGGCUGACAGGUGAUCAAGCAGAAAAAACCUUUGUAUUUUUGUGCCCAAUCGGCAAACAGUAUCUAUAUGGAGUCACUUUUGUGUGUUCCUCCAUGGCUAUUUGUGUCAGCCAUAACUUCCUUUUUGCAUUCUCACAAUGAAAACUUUCAUUUUAAUUUACUUCAGAGCCAAAAGCCAAAACAAGUCAGGUCAUUGUGGAUGUCAGCAAGAAAGAUAAUCCUAGAUCCACCAGGAAAUUGUUUGCUUUGAGCAAUCAAGGGGGACGAGGAUGGAGAGGAUAUCGUCGAUCAGGCCGAAAUGGAACGAAUGGUACAAGAAGUCAAUGCCGUCGCAGAGAAUGUCCAGGAAAUGAACGUUGCGGUAGAAAGUACGAUUAAAAAUCUACGUUCCACCGCUGAUUAUCUCGACCAGGUGUGGAAAGAUUCCAAAAUUGCCUCUGCUGCUGGAAAUGGUGCUGGAAUCUUAGGCGGCUUGCUGACGGUGGGUGGAGGAUUUGCCACAGUCAUGACAGCUGGUGUAGCUGCACCUUUGUUAAUGGCGGGAACAGCAAUUGGAGCGGCCGGAGCUUGCACAAGCCUUGGUGCAAAUAUUGUAGAAGCCUGUAUCAAUUCUUCUCUUAUCCGGGAGGCAGAUGGUGCCGUGGAAAAUGCUAACCGUGCAAUAAAUAACGUUAGGGAAAAAAUUCGCCUGUUGAAAAAUGGUAAAAGUCAGUUUCGAUUGGUGUUUCUUGCCGGUCUUGCUGCCAGAAUGCUUGGUCCAAACCAUCUGGCUGUUACCUUUAUACAGAGUCUUCUUCGUCCUGAUCUGCUUUCCAAAGUUCUUUCUGAAGCUGGAACGCGAGGCGUUUCUCAACUAGCAUUGAGACUUGGUGUGACAGGGGCCACAACUACAGCAACUAGAGGAAUCGUUGAAACCGGAUCCAGAGAGGUUCUUAACAUCGGCGUGACCACGGGUGUCAGAAGAGCUGGAAAAACUGGAGCUGUGACUGUUCAGAAAAUUAGUAAGCGGAUAACAACCAGAGUGUCCAAGAAAGUGGGAACAAAAGCUGGAACUAGAGCGCUUAGUAAAGCUGGUUCGAAGACAGCGUCUAAUGCUGGCAACGUUGCUGUGAAAGAGGGAUCCAAUGCUGUGGGAAAAGUCGGUACAAAGGUUGGAGCCAAGGUAGCGGGCGAAAUCAUUAUGGGAGUGAGUGCAGCGUUUCUAAUCCUUGAUGCCCUGGAGCUGACUUUCACUGUCAGAGAUAUAGUCAACAACAAAGGUUCAGAUGCGGCCCAAUGCCUUAGAGAUAAGGCAGAUGAAUUGGAGGAACAAUUGCGUGUGUAAUUUGUAGUACGAGACUGUCCUAUUGCGAAAUUUUGUAUUUCAGAAAGCUUGUUUUUCAGACAUAGCUGUCACAAGAUGCUUUGCACUUGUAGAUUAAGAAAAUGGGCUUUAAAUAUUACGGUAUUAGUGUCAUACCUUUCUGGAAAGGUCUAUUAUCGUAAAAUCAAACUUGUGUCAAA